GCAAAACUGGAUUCGGGAGUCCUUCUUCUCAGCACACACAGACUAAUCUGGAGAGAGCAAAAAAAUCACGAUUGCUGCAUCUGUCUACCUUUGUCACAGAUCAUCUUUUUUGAGGAGCAGGCAGCGGGAAUAGGAAAAAGUGCCAAAAUUGUGGUUCAUCUCCAUCCCGUCUCGUCGAACAAAGAACCCGGUCCGUAUCAGAGUAGCAAGUAUUCUCAUAUCAAACUUUCCUUCAAGGAGCAUGGGCAGAUUGAGUUCUACAGACGGCUGACAGAAGAAUUGUCUCAGAAGCGAUGGGAGCAGAUCACAGUGUCUCAGCCAAUGCAGUCAGUGAGUGGAUCACAGACGAGAGUGAGGGCAGUCGGGAUUGUGGGUAUAGAAAGGAAGCUGGAGGAAAAACGAAAGGAGACCGACAAAAACAUCUCAGAAGCCUUUGAAGAUCUCAGUAAACUGAUGCAAAAGGCCAAAGAGAUGGUUGACCUGUCGAGAUUAAUCGCAACUAAAAUUAAAGACAAACAGGGUGAAAUAUCCGAAGAUGAGACAAUUCGUUUCAAGUCCUAUUUGCUGAGCAUGGGCAUAGCUAAUCCAGUUACGAGAGAGACACACGGAUCUGGAACACAUUACCAUAUGCAGUUGGCGAAACAGCUGGCGGAGAUGUUACAAGCACCUUUAGAGGAGCAAGGUGGGAUGAUGGCGUUGACAGAGGUUUACUGUUUGACAAAUCGAGCUCGAGGAAUGGAGCUGCUCUCGCCAGAAGAUUUAGUGAAUGCAUGCAAAAUGUUUGAAGCACUGAAGCUGCCUAUGAGGUUGCGUAUUUUUGACAGUGGAGUGAUGGUAGUUCAACUACAGUCACACAGCGAGGAUGAAAUGAUUGCAUCCGCACUAGAGAGUGUGACAGAGAAAGGCUGCCUCAGUUCUGAAGAGUAUGCCAAGCUUGUGGGUAUCUCCGUGCUCUUGGCCAAAGAAAGACUGCUACUGGCUGAGAAAUUUGGACAUCUUUGCCGCGACGACUCUGUUGAAUGCCUGAGAUUUUUCCCAAAUUUGUUUCUGACAAAGACUGAAAGCAUACAAUAGGAAAUCUUUACUGUAUUCUCUGAGGAGGCUGGUGACUGAGGCAUAUUGAGACGAUCUCUGUUGCGAAAUGUUCCAGAAUCGAUUUUGAAUGCUUCAGAAGCAAAGUCAUGGAGAGAUGCAGUCCUGUGAUAAAGUACAAUAUCACACUGGAAGAGUUCUGUAUCUUAUAGUCUACGGAGUGAAUAAAUCAGUGCCUGUCCCAGCUUCACCUUUGAUGUUUAAGAGCUGCAUAAAAGGUGCGUUGCAAACCCAGACAGCAUUCGUGUGACUGGUUACUUGUGUAAAACCUAGUAAAACGACACUCAUAAUGUCAAAUAACAGUAAGUCUUCUAGUUUUAGUUUGUCCAGUUUUCUACCAGUUUGGAUUCCCCCCGCUCUAAAGGUCUUGUUUACUUCAUUGUAGAUAAUUUUGAACUACAGAGGUCUUCCUUUCAAGUGCCAUCACUGGCACUUAUCCAACAUUAUUUUCUUUCUGAGAUCUUAAAACUGAUAAUAUCACUUUCUCUACCAUCGUAAAUAUGGUAACUUUAUUUUUUCAAAUAAGCCAUUGAAAUUGACACCUGUGUAUUAAAUUACUUUAAUAUUUAACCACUCUAUUUUUCAUUUCUACAUGUUUUUUCGCAUUAAGUCUUUUAUGUCUGUCUAUUCCUUGUUUGUUUUUCAGUUUUUCCUCUUUUUCUUUCACUUGUUCAGUUUCCGUUUUUCUCGUUUCCAAUCCUCAGCUUGUCCUUUCCCAUUAUUCGCUGCUUUGCUUGGCCGUUUCUGUUUCUCUUGUCUUGAGUUUCCUGUUAUCCCGGUGUUUUCAACCUUUUUCUCACAUUAGACCAAGAGUAAAAGUCAGCAAGGAGUAGAUAAAACCUUGAGAGAUCCCAGGAUCAUCCAACAGCUUGUGGGAAAUGCUACAUUGAGAUGUACAUGGAGGAAAGGGGAAAGAUCUGGACAGAAAUUAGGUGAAGACUUAGCAAUGCCAAGUUGAGGCAGUAGGUGAUGGGAAGGAAGGAUGAGAGAUAAAUUUUGGAUCCUGCACACACACACAGAAUCUAUUCCUUUCAUAGAAUCCUACUCCACAGAAGGAGACCAUUCGGCCCAUUGUGCCUGGACCGGCAAUUAGU